GGAGGGCGGCGACCGCACCCUCCUCGGGAGGUUUUCCAAGAUGCUCACACUGCUAUCGAAAAGCCUCUCUUUCUUUUGGCGAAAGGCCGACGGGGAGGUGGGAGAAGAAGCGGAGGCGCGUCGGGCCACCAGAGAUGGCCAAGAGAUAAAAACUGUACAAGGUAUAGUGACAAGAUUUUGCCUGGACUAUGGGAUGAUAGAUGAUUUAAUUUCUUUCACCAGUGAUUGUGUGAUGAGCAGUGUACCUCUUCAAGUUGGACAAAGAGUUGUAGCACUUGUCGAAGAAGAUAAAACAUCAAAUGGAUUGAAGGCACUCAGGGUAGAAAUAAUAUCAGAUAAAUGGGAAGAAAGCAACGUAUGUACUUACAAAGUGGACUCUGAUGUUAAAACUCUUAUUGGGAGUAUUACAUCUCUAACUGGAGUUGGUGGAUACAUCAAUCAAACAACUUCCUUCACUAUGAAAGAGGUUUGUGAAGGCUUUGACCCUUGUAAAGGAGAUUGGGUGGAAGCAGAAUAUGUUAUUAACCCAACAACUUGGACCAGUGAAGCAAUUUCGGUAAAGCCCUUGAGGUAUAAAAAAAUUGAAAAGGUUCGUAUUUCCAGUGUGUGCGGAAGAAUUGGCGUGGUAGAUGACAGUGUUUUUUUCUCUCUGGAUUUCCUGAGACUUCCUGAUGGUUAUUUGCCCCGAAGACAUGACCUAGUCAAUAUGCUUGUUGUGGAGAGCAAACAGUCCUGUUAUAUCUGGAGAGCACUUUGUAUGGUUCCAGUAGAUGAAAAAAGGCCAUCUGUAACCCAUAGAAACAAUUUGAAUGAGCCGUAUGAAAACUUACUGAAAGACAAAGAAGGACUUCAGCUAUCAAAAGUGACAAACUUUGGAAAACUCAAAUUAGGAGAGGCUAAAAGCAUAGACGUCUUAAUAGAGAAUAAAAGGAAGACCACACAUUAUUUAAUUAGCUGCAAAUUAGGUGGCUGGGAUAAAGAGAAACAGUUUUGUCUUCAAGUUCCAGGAAAGGACCAGAAGUGGUCCAUCACAUCUGAAGCAUCAUCUGUUGUCCUUGAGGAAGCUGAUUCUGAAGUUAAGUCUGCACGUCUCACCAGUACUGGAGACUGUGAAAAUUUUUGUACCAUCCAAAGAAAUAAAUUUAACUGUGAAAAAGGAGAAAUAAAAGAAUCAGAUAAGGGGGUCUCUCUGCCUCCCGGAGGAAAUAUUUCUGUUACAGUUUUAUGUACUGCAAAAAAUCCCGGAUGCUGUAGAGAACUUCUGUUGUUCUGUUUUUUGGACUGUCUUAUUGGUUGUUACGUUGAAGCAACAGUAGUAACAGAAGAGGAGUUGCUAAUAGCACCCACUGAACCAUUUUCUCGAAGAAAAUGUCAAGUCACUUCUGAGCCCCAGAACAUAAGGGCCACGGUUCUUUUACCAGAAUUGAAAAGACAAUCAAGAAGACAGCUACCAAAUUUCAUUCCACAGUACCCUGUUCCAGACAGAUUAAGGAAAUGUGUGGAAGAGAAAUUGGAUGUACUGGUUUUUCAGCCACAUCUUGGAGAGGUUCUAACUCUAGAGAAUUAUAAAGCAAUUUUUUCCACUCUAUUGUGGCUUGAGGAAGUUCAUGAAGAGAUGGAUAUGAAGGAUUUCUCCAUGUGUGGAGUGAUCUUGAAAAAGAAUGGGGAGUUCCUGGUACUUGAAGUCCCAGGGGUUUCAGAGGGCCGUCCUUCUUUAAAUCCAGGUGACAAAGUUAUGUUAAAGACCCAAGCCUUCUCAGAGUAUGUAAUCCAAUAUGUUGCAUUCAUUACUGAGAUUCAUGAUGAUGAUGUCACUUUGAAGGUUAACCAAGAGUUUGGACAUGCUUAUAAUUUUGAACCCAUGGAUGUGGAAUUUACUUUUAGCAGGACUACCAGCCGGAGAUGUCAUUUUGCAGUAGAACAAGCCAUCCAUUUAGGAGAAAAAGUAUUAUUUCCUGAUAGUGUCACUCUGCAGUCUCCACAAAUUGUCAAGCAAUGGCAAGAUUCAGAAUGUUCUUACAAUGAUCAAGAACAAAGCACCACACAGGAAACUAAGAACAUCAAGGUGCAAAAUAAGAGUGAAAAAGAGAUGUCAAAAGACAAAAAGACAGUUGUGCUUUCUGAUAUGGUGGCUGUUGCUACACAAACAAUAAAUGAAUCCUCAUCCUUUAAUAGAAGAGGCUGUCGCUUUUUCAAUCCACUGCUGAAUGAGCAUCAGAAACUAGCAGUCAAAAGGAUACUUAGUGGUGAAUGCAAGCCAACCCCUUAUAUUGUUUUUGGACCCCCAGGAACGGGUAAAACAGUCACUAUCAUUGAAGCAGUUUUACAGAUACAUUACAACUUACCAGACAGCCGAAUACUGGUCUGUGCACCAUCAAACAGUGCAACAGAUCUUGUUUGUUCACGACUUCAUGACAGUAACAUGUUAAAGCCAGGAGUAAUGGUGCGAGUUAAUGCUUCCAGCAGAAAUGAAGAGAGUCUUAGUGAGGUAAUAAAGCUUUACUGCAAAGAUGGAGAAGACAUUUGGCAAGCAUCUCGGUUCAGGAUCAUUAUUGUAACAUGCAGCAGUGCAGGAAUGUUCUACCAAAUAGGAAUAAGGCUUGGACACUUCACACAUGUGUUUGUGGAUGAAGCAGGGCAGGCGAGUGAGCCGGAAUGCCUGAUACCAUUAGGACUGAUAUCAGAAGUCAGUGGGCAGAUAGUACUGUCGGGUGAUCCAAUGCAGCUUGGCCCGAUAAUAAAAUCCAGCCUUGCUACAGCUUACGGAUUAAACAUUUCCCUGCUAGAGAGACUGAUGGGUCGAUCUUUGUAUCUAAGAGAUGAACAUGCUUUUGGUGCUUUUGGAUCAUACAAUCCUCUGUUGAUUACAAAGCUUGUGAAAAAUUACAGAUCACAUUCUCUGUUGCUGACAGUAUCAUCUAGACUCUUUUAUCAUAAUGAACUAGAGGUUUGUGCUGAUCCUUCAGUGGUAAAUAGUUUGCUUGGAUGGGAAAAGUUGCCAAGAAAAGGUUUUCCACUGAUUUUUCAUGGAAUAAGGGGCACUGAAAUGCGAGAAGGUUACAGUCCUUCUUGGUUUAAUCCUACUGAAGCAGUCCAGGUAAUGCGUUACUGUUGCCUUCUUGUUAAAAGCAUCAACAAUCCAGUGUCAGAGGUGAACAUUGGGGUGAUUGCACCAUAUCGAAAGCAGGUAGAAAAAAUCAGAGUGCUCUUACAUAGUGUGGAUCUAAUGAACAUCAAAGUUGGCUCAGUAGAAGAAUUUCAAGGGCAAGAAUAUCUAGUGAUCAUCUUAUCAACAGUUCGGUCAAAUGAAACUUCAUUCAAUGAAGAAAGAUACUUUUUAGGAUUCCUUGCCAAUUCAAAGCGCUUUAAUGUUGCAAUAACCAGAGCCAAGGCAUUGCUCAUUAUACUGGGGAAUCCUCAUGUGCUUGCUAAAGAUCCCUGCUUUUCUGCCCUGCUGGAAUACAGUUUGGCAAAUGGAGUUUAUAUUGGCUGUGACUUGCCAGAGGAGCUAGAAAAUAUUAAAAAGUGAGCACCGUUUUGGUACAGGAGUAGAGGAAAAGGGGGUGAAUAAAUCAGAACUAUCCAUUUAUCUAAAAGUCCUUUUGGAAGACACUAUGAAAAAGUAUCUUGGUUUGAAUUGUUUUAAAAAUUCAGUUUGUGAAGUUGUAUAGUUAACAAACUAACUGCAAUUUUGUGAUCUCUUGAGAGGGCAUCCCAAGGGUCAAAAGGUAAAAACAAGUCAUCCUCCUACCUACAAAGAAGGAGUUUUCAUUUUUGCUUGCAAAUCUCAUUCUAAAUGUAAAAUCUCCUUGCUCUGACUUGGAGCAUCCUUGGAGCAGGUGUCCUUCAUUUAGUCCAGUUAUGUCCCCACUCACAAGUAUUGAGUCUGCCACUUCAAGCUCAUCAGGUUGUUGGAUUUAGCAGUUCCUCUGCCACAGAUUCACUGCCACAGCUGGAAUUGGAUAGAGCAUUUAAUUUGCCAACUGAAAACAUUUACCUCAAGAGUCAGCAUACUGUAAAGGUUUGGCAUCUUGACAGACUGGGCGAAAGGCAACUAGAUCUUGCCAGUAUUUACCAGGAGCUUAAAGAGAUACUAACCACCAUUAAGGUUCUGGCUUCUAAAUGUGUGUUUUCCAUUCCUAAUGUAUUUGGGAAAAUCAGUACAGCUUAUGAAUAUAUUAGACAUUCAUAAGCUGUACUGAUUUUGCCAAAUGGAAUGUAUUAGACAUUCAUAAGAUUACAAUAUUACCAGACAUCAGUAUGAAGAAGAAAUAAUUAUUAAACCAGUUCAGUUAUGUGAGAUAAAUGUCUGGAUUUAGAUGUUUAUCUAAAACAGCAUGUUUAAGCUAAGAUAGUUUGUGCUAUUUUAUUAUUUGUCUUAUUAUUUUAAUCAGCAGAAGUGACCAAUUGGAAAGAAUUGUUGUGUUUCCUGGGUAAAUCUUCCUGACCACAUCUUUAUCUGCCAGACAAUAAACAAUGUAAAGUACUUUGUAGAUACAGAACCUUUUUCUACAGUUGGGUUAAAGGAAUAAAUGCAAGUUGUAAACUGUAAUUCUUAUUUUAUAGUUGACCUUCUUUUUGUGCUGUAAAAUCAAACAGAAUUAAACAUUUUUGGCAUUUUGUGA